CUGACACGGCUCAAUGGGCUCCGCAGAGCUCGACAGGGAGACAACUCGUGAUACGGUUCGUCCCGGCGUUCACGAGCGGUCGAAACACACGAGCGCCGAGGCACGAAGUGACGACGUUACUCGCCCUGUCGGUUGUACAUGGAAGUAAUCCAGAUCACAGGGGGCUGGAUUGGCUCCAGAGAGAGAGAAGGAACACACAUUCAAUCAUCCGGGUCGCCAGGCAGGGGAGCUUCUCUGAGGAUUGGUGUUUUCCACGGAUCUGCGCUCAUUGGCUUGAGGCGCAACAAGGAAACUGUCACUGCGGCUUCGUCUGGGCUUUUUCUUUUUUUUUUUUUUUUUUUUUGUAUUUUUAAGCUUGUCCCAGAAAUGGUGGGGCACCUUCAUUUACAAGCUAUGGAUGAUAGUCUGAAAGGAAAGAAUCGGGAAGGACUGCUCGACAGUCCGGACUCGGGGUUACCUCCCAGUCCCAGUCCGCCCUUCUGCUCCCUGUCCCCGGGUCUGCUCGAAACGCGCUCCGGGAGCUGCACGACGCCCGUCGAAAGCCACCACGGAUAUUAUAGGAAGGAGAGCAAAGAGGGCAAAUUGCUUCCCUACCUGCUGUUAAAUGCCACAGGCUCUGACCCCAGGACUCGUAUGUACCCCGUGUUCUUCGGGGAAAGCAUUGAGGUCAACCCUAAACCUGAACAAGAAAUCAAAUGCAACUCUGAGGUCAAAUACGACUCGGACAAGCACUACCAGGACCAGGUAUACUGCGCGCCCGUUCCCACGGCAACCUCCUACAGCGAGACAGUUGUGGUGGUACGGAACUGCACCUGGCGGAGCUACAAAUCCCAAGUCUACCUGGAGCCGCGCCAGAGGCCCCUACACUACCGGAGCACCACCAUCAUCUACCCCAAACAUGCCAAAAACACUUACCGCACCACACUCACCUACAAUGCCACGGGCUGCCGCCGCUGGUUUGUCUCCACAGUCCAGCUGGAGUCCAGUGAAGACACCAGCCCUUGCAUUAUCUACACGGAGGACCUGUAAGGGAAGGGGACACAUCGUGUUGGAAGAGGGUUAACUUGACUGGGUGGGUGGUGGGCAUGUCAGUCAUCAAUGAUGAUGCGAACUGGAAUGGCCAUUGUCUGGAAGUCCUGCACGUAAUGACUGGAGUCUCUGAACGCUCAUCUGUCCAUCUCUGUGCGCCAUGUAGGGAAACCCAAGGAAUCUUGAUAUGCAUGGCGAUUUACCCAAAUGUAAAUAGACUUUCUACUGAUGCAGUCUUUAAAAAAAAUAGACUUGCUCCUUGGCAGUUAAAAGCUACGCUUUAUGGUUGUCUUAUUUAAUUUAAAAGGCUGACAAAUUGGUGGCCAUCACUCUCCCGUAAACCAAGUGCACCGCUGGGGGUUACUUCCACGGAGCCCUGUUUCCGUGACGUAGAAAACUGUGCAGGUUAAAAGAAACUGAACAGUCGAGAUGAGACUGAUUUCACACACAACCCCAUUUGCACCAAUGCAACGUUUGCCAGUGGUUUCAUUGCACUUGUUUUCUACGUGUCACAAAGGGAGCAAGUCCUCUUCAGUGGACUAGAGUUACAUUUUAGAAGCCAAAUUGCAGGAUUGCGUUUGAGAAAUUGGACCAAAUAUAGUUUUGGUGGAUGUUUAUAUCCCUGUCACGACUCCUAGCUGAGAUAAAGGACUUGCUUUCAUUUCGUUUUUUUCCCCAGCCGCACAUAAUCAUGGAUUAGCUUGUGUAGCUUGAUGGGAUAUUUGAUACAAACAAGCUGUUCUGUGAAAUACAAGACUGGAGUCGACUACGACGUGCCACAAUCUUCACCUCAUGACAACGCAGUCUCGCACCUUUCGAGGAGAAAGGUGUUCGAAGAUGGUGCCAAAUCUCGACGUUGCUUGCCAUUUAUUUCUACCGUCUAUUUUUAGAUGUUCUUGUAGGGACUGGAUUUGUGGGCAGGUGGUUAUGGUUUGCCACACAAGUAGAUACAACAGGUGAUUAAAGUCAGUGACAGGAAGAGGUAUAAACGCGGGUUAAGUAAAGCCCUUUUUGCCAGUAUUGUACAAGUUAUCCUCCCGUCUGGUAGUCUAUGAAUUUGAUCAAAUACACUAGGGGAUAUUUUCUCUCGACGUUACCGAGGUCGGGUUUGUUUGCAGUUUUCUUGUGUGUCUCUUUAGCGCUGUUGGGCACCGUUUAAAGUGCCUGAUUUUCUCGGAUAAAGCGAAGAAAUACUUGUUAGUAACAAUGAGGAACUCAACCCCUGUGGUAGAUUUGUCCCUUUUUUCUUUUUUUUUUUUUUUUGCAUUUUUAGAUAUCAAUUAACCACAGUUUCUAACUUCAGCAGUUUAACGUCGAAGACAACCCAAAAGCUCAACAGGUUUAUUUUAUCAGAUUUGUAUGAUAUAUAUUGGGCAGUGAAAUAGGUGGCUGGCAUUGUUUUUCAGCAACUGCAUCAGAUUUCCUUGUUGAAAAUGUAAAAUAGCUUUUUUAUGUUGAGAUCCUCGCGACUUCACUCACCACACGUCAGUCUCUCUGGUAGGCGGAGCUCUCCGGUGGUCUGGUAUCGCGAGACUAUCAUGUGUGUCUGGUAUUUAGUUUAAUUGAACUUGGCAAAUAUUUGAAUUUGUUUUAAGAAAUUGAAAUCUUACCUCAUUUUUUAUUAUAUUAAGGUAUCAACUUUAUUUCAUUGCAAACGUGUAUUCCCUUUUUGAGAUCUUGUUAUUAUCGCUUGAAAUAGUCAACAAAAAAGGUAUUUCCUCCUAACAUGUGGACAAUGGAAAGUACGUGGAAGGGAUGCGGCUUCGACGGAGUGUCGAUACCUUCGAAAGAGGACGAGUAUUUGAGGGAACAGAGAAGCUGCGAGGAUUAUGUGGCAACCUCCAGGGGAAAAUUUGGAUUCCGAUUAUUUUAAACCUGCAGUGCGGAAGUUUUGUUUCCCCCUUCUGGCCGUAAGAGUAAUUACAUCUCUUCUUUUAGCGCUCUCCAACGAGAAAAAGCUUCCCUAGUGGUCCGUGUUUGUCCUCGCCGUCGAUCGCUUCCUUUUUUGAAUUUAAUCCUUCCUCUGAACGCCGAGAUACUUUUUUUCUCUGGCGCAUUAAAACCUUCUCUUAGACACUUCUUAGGUUUUUCCACCAUAGAUUCCAAGCCCGGAAGUUUCUGCCAGAAACCCGGAAGGCAAGCCAAUCAGAGGCAUGCGAACGCUUUCGUCACACGGAAGUUCAGCUCUGGCAAAGCAGCAUUUUGACGUAAAACGCAUUACUAUGCAUCACUUCCGGUGCGCCAGUGCGGGAAUGUCGCCCCAGACACCCGAUUUAAAACUGCGGUAUACUGCAGAGAUUUAUCCGGCGGUGAUGGGCUUAAUCAUCAUUGUAUGAACUCGUUUGGCAAGUGCUUGAAUGUUAUGGACAUUCAUUUAUAUGUAAAAGUCCUACAUUCUAGCUUUAAAAAGGGGGAACCAUGCCCAAAAGACGAAAUAAGUAAACUGGUUUUGGGAGUUGGAGUCUAUGGUGUUAGUGAUUUGCACAUUAGGACAGUUACUGGCACGAUGUUUGAGGGAUUCGUUAUGUGUAGGUUGGUUUGCGAGAGACGUCCAGACAAAGGAGGCGUGAAAAUGACAGGUAACGGUUUGGGGAAUGUCAAGUCGAAUCUAUUGGUGGUUUUAUGAGACAUAAGUUUGUGUUUCCUAACACUUGAUCUUUGUUAUUGUAAAAUAUUUUCCUGUUGUAUAUGUGGCAUUGAGGCACUUCAUAAUUCUCUUUAUAUUUUUGUACAUCUCGCGUCAGUCAUCGUUCUUGUUCUGAUCAGCAGAAAAUAAUUUAAAAAGAUGGCAUAUCCUAACUGAAUAAAAAUAAUUCCCAAC